AACGCCGACCGGAAGCAGGAAGCGGCGGGUGCCCGGGACGGCGGCGCCGUGACCCGCGGGCGGGCAGCGGCGGCCGCGCCAUGACGGGGAAAUCGGUGCGCGAUGUGGAGCGGUACCAGGCGGUGCUGGGCGGCCUGCUGAGCGAGGAGGAGAACAAGUACUGCGCCGACUGCCAGGCCAAAGGGCCACGAUGGGCAUCCUGGAACAUCGGCAUCUUCAUCUGCAUUCGUUGUGCUGGCAUCCACAGGAACCUGGGCGUCCACAUAUCCAGGGUGAAGUCUGUCAACCUCGACCAGUGGACGCAGGAACAAAUCCAGUGCAUGCAGGAGAUGGGGAACGGCAAAGCAAAUCGUCUUUACGAAGCCUUCCUGCCCGAGAACUUCAGGCGACCUCAGACGGAUCAAGCUGUGGAAGGCUUCAUUCGUGAUAAGUACGAGAAGAAGAAAUACAUGGACCGGAGCAUCGACAUCAACGCGUUCAGGAAAGAAAAGGAUGACAAAUGGAAGAAGAGUAACGAGCCAGUAUCAGAAAGAAAGCUGGAACCUAUCAUCUUUGAGAAGGUGAAGAUGCCUCAGAAGAAAGAAGAAACACAGCAAUCUAGGAAAAGUUCUCCCAAAUCCACUGAGCCCAUCAUAGACUUGCUAGGACUUGAUGCUCCUGUGCCGAGCGCCCUCACCAACGGCCGGCCCUGCAGCCUGGAGAAGGACCUGGAUCUCUUUGCAUCAGUGGGAUUGAACUCUGACUCCAGGAAGGUCUCCGGCUCUAUGCCUACAUCUGGAAGUGCCGGUUCUGUUCCUGAAAACCUGAAUCUCUUCCCCGAGCCAGGAGGCAAAGGGGAGGAAGCGGGCAAGAAGCAGCUCUCUAAGGACUCCAUCCUCUCCCUGUACGGCUCUCAGACACCUCAGCUGCCUGCGCAAGGAGCGAUGUUCAUGGCCCCGGCUCAGAUGGCGUAUCCUGCAGCGGCGUACACAGGCUUCCCGGGAGUCCCCCCCUCCAGCAGCGUGAUGGGAGGCAUGAUGGCCCCGUCGGUGGGUGUGAUGGCCCAGCCUGGGGCUGCGGGGAUGGUGACCCCCAUGGCCAUCCCUGCUGGAUACGUGGGCAACGUGCAGGCAGCUGUCAUCGGUGUCCCCAAUGGGAUGAUGGCUGCGCAGCAGGCCGGUUACGUAGCUGGCAUGGCAGCGGUCCCCCAGCCUGUCUACGGCGUGCAGCCAGCACAGCAGCUCCAGUGGAACAUCGCUCAGAUGACCCAGCAGAUGGCUGGGAUGAACUUCUAUGGAGCCAACGGUGUGAUGGGAUACGGACAGUCCAUGGGCGGAGGAGGUGCCCAGGGCAGCAAUCAGUCCCUCAGCACUCAGCUGUGGAAAUGAUCCCGCGCGUUGUGACCAUUUUUGCCUUCUGUUCCGUUUUUCAAAACUGCUCCAUGAGACAUUCAGGGUUUUUCUUUCAGGCUGGCUGCCCGGCCCCGGCCUCUUUCCAUAACUGAGACCCACCUCUGCCUCGUCACUGUCAGACACGGUGCGACCUGGGUGACCAGAACAUGAGCUCCCCUCUAUUUAGCACAGUCAAUGCACACUUUGGGGUGGACCCCCUCCUUGCACAAACCUCCACUAACGCUUCUGGGUAGCACGAAACGUCCUGGGAUCUUAGCAGAGGUGUGACCGAGGAACGGGGCGACCUGUCCUCCUUACUUCAGGCCUCUUAAGAACCACUCAAAGCUCCAGUAUUAGUCGGGGUUUCAGUUGGCAGAGGGUGGGAUCCGUGUUUGGUGCUGAGGCGCUGGAUUUUAGCCCAAGCCCAGGGGCAAGCAAGCCUUGCUACCUCUUCCCUCGAGCGGAGUUUGGAGCUGUGCUUGGCUCGCCAACCCUCGUUGGAACCAAAGGCGUUCAGAGACCCCCUCCCUCCCCCCGUGAGCAAGCAGGAUUCUCGCGCAGUGUGGGGGCAAGCUGUCAGAAUGUGAAACUUGCACUUCGGAGUGGCUUUUCUGUCUGAUCUGUGGUAUUGAUGUAUUUAACUUUUAACUAACGGAGAGUUAACUUAUCGAGGGCUGAGAGCCCGCCGCAAGGUUUCUUACACUUUUAAACGACAUCCUAAUUUAUACUUGUUUCAUAUUUUGUUUUGUUCCCCUGUAUUCCCGGUACCCAUCCCUGCUAGCUUCAGCCAUUUUAAUCCAGGCACAAGAGUGGGUGGAUCAGAUUUCUUUUCUCAUCUUCGGUAGAACACCACAGCUUCAACUCGUCAGCAAGGAGCCCGAGCUGUGCGGGCUGCGCCUCCCUGUCUGUAUGUAAAUCCCCCAAUAAAACAUUGCGGUGAAACCUCA